AUGACAGGCUUACAAUCUUUCACUCUUUUAAAUACUAUAGUUGAAGUUUUAGAAAAAUCUUAUCCUAAGACAUUUGAAAAAAGUAAUUUGAAAGCAAAAAGUAAUGUUAUAAUGACUUACAUGAGAAUAAAACAAAAUAUGUCAUACAGUGCUCUAGCGAUUCUUUUUCAAAUAUCUCCAAAACACUGCCAGAGAAUUUUUGUCAAAACUUUAGGGAUGCUUAAAAUUACUUUAAAAGCGAUGAUUGAUUGGCAAUCCAGGGUGACGAUUUCUAGAAACUUACCAAACUAUUUUAAAGGCUAUGAAGAUGUAAGAGUUGUUUUAGAUUGCACAGAGAUACAUAUACAGCAUACUAAAUGCCUCGAAUGUCAAAUGUCAACCUUCUCACAGUACAAAGGUGGAUUAACUGUGAAAUUUAUGACUGGUGUUUCUCCUUCGGGUAGUAUAACAUAUGUUAGUAAACUGUAUGGUGGAAAGUCCAGCGAUACUGCUAUUUUUAACCAAAGCAGCUUAAUUCAGUUAUUAGAACGUGGUGAUGCUAUCAUGGUUGAUAAAGGUUUUUUGAUUGAAGCAACAUGUCAAAAAAAUGGCUGGAAAUUAUACAGGCCUGCAUAUUUAAGAGAUAAGCAGUUCAGCAAACUCGAUGCUGAUAAUUGCUGUGAUAUUGCUAAAGCUAGAGUUCACAUUGAAAGAUCGAAUUAA